UUAUUAUUGUGGACUAAGUAGAAAUAGGAGAUGAAGAAAGGAGAAGGCAACGUAGUAGUCGAGGGAAGAGAGACAACAAUACCCCUGCUCACCCCAUACAACAUGGGGAACUUUAAUCUAUCACACAGGAUAGUGAUGGCACCCUUAACGCGAUCAAGGUCUUACAAUUUUGUCCCUCAGCCUCAUGCGGCUCUAUACUAUUCUCAAAGAGCAACUAAGGGUGGUUUCUUGAUUGGGGAAGCAUCUGGUGUGUCUGACACAGCACAAGGGUAAUCUCGACUAUAUAUAAAUAGUGUACAAUUUUUUACAUUGACAAUGUAUCAAAAUUAAACUCGUUAUUUAUUUGUACUAUGCAAUCUAUGAUAUGUUUUUACCGGUGUUGUUUGGAUGUCGACCAAAUUAAAGGUACGCCCGGCAUUUGGACAAGGGAACAAAUAGAGGCAUGGAAACCAAUUGUGAGCAAAGUUCAUGAAAAAGGGGGGAUAUUUUUCUGUCAACUUUGGCAUGCUGGAAGAGUAUCCAAUUAUGGAUACCAGCCCGAAGGUAAGCCUCCGAUAUCAUGCACAAACAAGCCCAUUCGGAAAGACAUUGACAAUAAUGAUGCUUCCGCGGCUAAUAAAUAUCCACCUCCUUGUCGACUGAGCACAAACGAAAUCCCUACGAUUGUCAAUGACUUCAAAAUUGCUGCAAAAAAUGCAAUAGAAGCAGGUUUUGAUGGAGUAGAGAUACACGGAGCUAAUGGAUACUUGUUGGAUCAAUUCUUAAAAGACAAAGUGAACGACAGAGAUGACGAGUAUGAAGGUAACUUAGAGAAUCGUUGUAGCUUCCCACUUCAAGUGGUGAAGGCAAUAGCGGAUGAGAUUGGAGCUAACAAAGUUGGUGUACGAUUGUCCCCUUUCGCGGAUUAUAAUGAUUGCGAAGACUCUAAUCCUCAAGUCUUAGGUAUUUAUAUGGCCGAAACAUUGAAUCAAUUGGGCAUUCUAUACUGUCAUAUGAUUGAGCCUAGGAUGGUGAAAGAACUUCACAAGUCUGAUACUACCAAGUGGUCCUUGAUGCCUAUUAGGAAGGUUUUCAAAGGGACAUUUAUAGUUGUUGGAGGUUAUGAUAAGUGUGGAGGAAAUGAUGCUAUAGCAAAUGGUGCUGCUGAUUUAGUGGCUUAUGGACGUCUCUUUUUGGCAAAUCCAGAUCUCCCUAAAAGAUUUGAGCUGAAUGUUGAUGAGUUCAACUAUCCUGAUCCAAACACAUUUUAUGCACAAGAUCCUGUGCUUGGAUAUACUGAUUAUCCAUUUCUAACAAAUACCAGUACCAUCUAGUUCUACUUCAUAGCUAUAGUUCUUUUCUAGUAUUUCUUCUAUAACUACAUAUAUAAA